AUGAAUUCAAGGAGCGAGUUUUUGAGACUAGGUGGCAUUCGGGAAACUAUUAAAGUUGAACUUGCAUCUCUUUUAGAUUCCCUCGAUUCUGGUUCUAGGUCCACAAAGGUGUUAUAUAUAGCUCCUCAUCUUUUAUCGACAUUUGAGGCGAUUGGUUUAUCCGAGGAACUUUUCUCAUCGAACCAUGGUGUGAUUGGAGUGUUUCCUUAUGAGGCAGAAAUUGCUUUUGUCUCUACGCAGCAUGCUGUUUUUAUUCUUAAUCCUGAUAUGGAAAACAUCCGAUCGCUGGUAGUAAAUAUAUUGUCAAAUUCAAAAACACACGCGAGGACGUUGAUACAUGUUUUCUUUGUCCCGCGUAAGCCUCUUAUGAUUGGACAUGCACUUGAAAAUGAAUAUAAGCUCAUGCGGGCUGUACCUGGAUUAAGCUUGGGAGAAUUUGAUUUGGAUCUGAUACCGUUAGAGGAUGAUUUUCUUUCUAUGCAACAACCUUUGGCCUUGAAGCAUUUAAUUGCCGAUGGGGAUAUUGCGUUGCUUCAGUGGAUUGCAAGAAUGAUACUGAAGCUACAAACCUCACGUUUUGGUGCAAUUUCCUUGAUUAGAGGUAAGGGAACAAGAGCAACAAAGGUGAUACAAAUACUACAUCGAAUGCAGAGUGAGGUGGGAUCUGAAUUUCUCACAGACCUUACUCCUGAGAUUGGUUCUUUAUUUAUUUUGGAUAGGACAUUAGAUUUGCUAACACCGCUUAUGACUCAAUUGACGUAUGAGGGGCUUAUCGAUGAGUUUUACAACAUAGAUGCUGGUUAUGUGAACUUUCCAUUUAAUUUGGGUGAUGGCGCAAAACUUGAAUUAGGACAGCGAGUCUUUUUGAACCAUGCUGAUAAAGUUUAUGGCGAAAUCCGUGAUAAGAAUUUUGCAAACGUUGGGUUAACGCUUUAUAAUAAAUCCGUUUGGAUAAAAAAGAGUUAUGAACGUCGGAAAGAGGUUCAACAACUCAAAGAGCUAAAGGAGUUUAUGAAGGGGUUGCCUGAAAUGCAGGAAUUACACCGUUUGAUAGGUAUGCAUACUGCCGUGGCCACUGAAAUAGGAAAACGUACACAAAGUAUUGAAUUUAGAAGACGGGUAACCAUGGAGCAGAGUAUCAUUCAACAGGUGAAUGAGCGUGAAGUGGUGGACUAUAUAGAGGAACUUAUUAAUAAGAACGUUCCUAUUGCGGAUGUUUUGCGACUUAUUUCCCUCUAUUCACUCGUAAACGGUGGCCUUAAAAGCAAAACAUAUGAUUUUUUUAAAGAGAAUAUUAUGCUGUCUUAUGGCAUUCCACAAGGUCUGGCAGCCUUCUUUGCUUUAGAGCGUAGUGGUUUGAUCACGAAACACGACAACAAGCAACCCAACUUUUCCACUAUCCGCAAACAACUUAAAUUAUGGUAUGACGCAUUACAAGAGCAACAACCAAAUGAUAUAUCCUAUGUAUAUAGCGGGUAUGCAUCUUUGUUGGUGCGUUUGUUGGAGUUUAUGAUUAGUCAUCCUGAGAAUUGGAAUACACCAUCGGACGCUACCGACUUUGUUGCAGGUGAAAAGCUGGAAAUUCGUAAUGAGGUGGAACCUUCAGGGGUUACUCCAACAACGAUGGUAUUUGUUAUUGGAGGUAUCACGUAUGCUGAAAUUAGCGCUCUGCGUUAUGUACAGACAAAAUUAGCUGAUGCUGGCAGGGCAAGGCGCAUUUUAGUAGCAUCAACACACAUAACGAACGGCAAACAAAUGAUAGGUUCUUUAUUACCGUUUUUCACCGAAGAUAAAUAA